CUGCCGGAACGAGGCAGAGGAGCGAUCCUUGCGGCCGGGCUCGUCCGGGGCUGGGUUGCUGGUACCUGAGGGGCGGGGACUGGUUAUCGCUGAGAGGCCGGACGAGUCGGGGUGAGUGUGAUUCCCGGCGUGGCCCGCCCAUUUGUCGUGUAAGUGCGCGUGUGUCUGCACGCGGGCCCUGGGGAUCCGUUGCAUCCUGCUGGGAGAACUGCACGCCUUAGACGAAAAUCGGUUUUUUGCCCUGUUGUAGGCCCUGCCCCUGGCUGUGCGUGUCUCUGGGCCCCUUCAGUUCGCCGCGGCCUCCUCUCUUGCAGGUGCACAAGUCAGGUUCGGUUCUGACUGCAGUCCCUUCUGUCGUUCUCAGCACAGUCUCGGAGGUUCCGUAGUGCUGGAUUCGCUUUCAUUUUCAUUCAUUCUUUUUGGAGAGCCAGGGAACUCCCACACACUGACCGGCUCACGCCCCCACGCCUGAGAAGGGGCUCAGUACCCGUCUCCCACGGAGGUGGCAGGGGCCUAACUACUCCUUGCACCUUCGCCUGCGGCUUCCCAGGGUGGGCACAAGGAAGAGGCCGGAGUCGGGAACAGAACAGGGACCCCCCAGUCCAAGCACCCCAGAAAGGAGUUGUGGGAAUCCCAGCAGGGACCUUUAACCCACACCUGCUUUGCUUUAAGGGAGAUGAUGUGGAAGGCCGCACAGGUAGCUUCUAAAGUUUCCCAGCUUGAAUCUGGAUGGUUCCAUUGUACAACCUCUACAAUCCUAUCUUUUUCUGUUUCUGCUGUCCAUUCCUGAGACUAGCUACCUCAGUAGAUACUUGAACUAUUUUUGAGUGAAAGACUUAAUUUCAGGGCCAGUACCAACAUGGACGUGAUGUCCGUCCACACCUAUGAUGUCUAAGUGAAUACUACCCUUUUUGCAGGUGUGUUCCGUGACUGAUCUGCCUCGGCAACUCUGAGUCCAGUUUUGCUGUCUUCAGCUUAAUCAGGCACCAUGGAGGCACCGCCGGUCACCAUGAUGCCCGUCACGGGGGGCGCCAUCAACAUGAUGGAGUACCUGCUGCAGGGAAGCGUUCUGGACCACAGUUUAGAAAGCCUUAUCCACCGCCUCCGCGGUUUGUGUGACAACAUGGAGCCCGAGACUUUCCUGGACCAUGAGAUGGUGUUCCUCCUCAAGGGUCAGCAGGCCAGCCCGUUUGUUCUGAGGGCAAGGCGCUCCAUGGAUAGGGCAGGGACCCCCUGGCACCUGCGUUACCUGGGACAGCCAGAAAUGGGAGACAAGAACCGCCAUGCCCUGGUGCGAAACUGUGUGGACAUUGCCACCUCCGAGAACCUCACCGACUUCCUGAUGGAGAUGGGCUUCCGCAUGGACCAUGAAUUUGUGGCCAAGGGCCACUUGUUCCGGAAGGGCAUCAUGAAGAUCGUGGUGUACAAGGUCUUCCGCAUCCUCGUGCCAGGAAAUCCGGACAGUACCGAAGCGUUGUCCCUAUCGUACCUGGUGGAGUUAAGUGUCGUUGCGCCAGCUGGGCAGGACAUGGUGUCUGAUGACAUGAGGAACUUUGCUGAACAGCUGAAACCUCUUGUCCACCUGGAGAAAAUAGACCCCAAAAGGCUCAUGUGACCAAGAGGACCUGUUGGCAUUUUGAAAACUAACUACAUCUGUUAGAAAAACAGUGGGCGGUGGGAUGGCCCGUUUCACUGUGGCAGCCAGGCAUUCUUCCUUGCCCUGUUCCUCUAGUGUGAUGAUUUGACUUCUGGGUUGGCCUUCCUAAGUGAAAGGCUCAGGAUAGCGCUGUGAAGCUGCUAUAUGUUCACUUUUGGAAAGAAAAAGAAAAUCUCUUACCGUUUAUAGUUGAUGUUUGUACGAUAAUAUGAACUGUGUUCUUUGGGAGUAAAGGCUACGAGAAGUGCC